UUAACUAGCGUGCCUGUGUUGGAGAGAAUGAGACAAGAAUUUAAUGAGUACCGAUUUUCCAGUUUUUUAUUUUAUUUUCUAACGCAGAAUUCGCAGCUCCAAGGGUAAUGAAACGAGAGGGCGAGGAUGGCGCGAGUGGUGAUCGUGAGCAGCAGCGGACGAGUGGGGGCGAUCAAGGCUCAGCUGUGAGAGUAGAGUAGUGAGUGUGAAGAACCGCGGACAGCACCGGCCAGCCACGCUCACGUCGUCUCUCACCUCAUCAGAGACGACCGCCCGUUUUCUUUCCUUCGCCUCGUCCUGAAAUGUCUGCAGAUAACACUCGCCUGGUGGAGACUAAGGAGGAUAAAGAUGUUCCCCUCACGAACUACAACACCUUAAAAAACGAUGAGGAGUCCGAAGGGUCACCCAAUGAGAGCGGCUUCAUGGUCAAUAAACGGGCCAUGUAUGAGCCGGGGGCGGUCAUGGUGUGUUCCCAGAAGCGGGCAUGCUGUGUUGUCUCCAUGGGAUUUGUUGCAAUCAUCGCCAUUGCUCUCAUUGUUGCAUUCACCAAGCCAGGCUGCCCAGAGGCCACCUACACAGGGGAGCCGGUAGCAGGAUUCAGCAACCGGCCGACCAGUUCGCCUCCAACCACACCCCCGACAGCCACCAAUGGAGAGGAGUUCCCUUGGGCGGACGUACGGUUACCCUUCCAUGUCAAGCCACUGCACUAUAACAUCACUCUCCAUCCCAACCUCACCACCAGGCAUGUUGAUGGUCAUGUAACCAUCAAGCUCACAGCCAUUGAGGAAACCACAGCGAUCAUUAUCCAUGGCCAUGACCUCAAUGUUACUGACUACACUCUGCAUAAAAAAUAUGGGAAGCCCAUUGAUAUCCACAAAUUCCUCAUCUAUCCAACUCACCAGCAGCUGUACCUUGGCCUGUCAGAGACCCUGAGGAGAGGGAGCAACUACACCUUGAGGAUGAGCUUCAAGACUACACUGAGGGAGGGACUCGAGGGCUUUUACCUCUCCUCCUAUAUCACUGCUGAGGGGGACAGAAGAUACCUUGCAACAACCCACUUUGAGCCAACUUCAGCACGGGCAGCCUUCCCCUGCUUUGACGAGCCACACAUGAAAGCACAGUUUCUUGUCAGCAUUUACAGGGAUCCUCAGCACAUCACACUGUUCAACAUGCCGCUUCAGAACACUGUGCCUGUUGAGGGGACAGACAUAGUAAUUGACGAGUUUGAGGUGAGUAAGGUCAUGAGCACCUACCUUGUGGCCUUUGUGGUGUGUGACUUUAAGUCCGUGAAGAACAUGACACGCUACAAAAUCCCACUGUCUGUGUUCGCGCCACCCACCAUGAUUAACCAGGCUGACUACGCCCUCCAAGUGGCCUCACACAUCUUUGACUUCUAUCAGGACUUUUUCGGCGUCGAGUAUCCUCUCCCCAAGCUAGACCUGAUAGCUAUCCCAGACUUUGGUGCCGGUGCCAUGGAGAACUGGGGCCUCAUCACCUAUCGGGAGACAGCGCUCAUGUAUGAUCGCAACCAUUCGUCGUCUCGUGCCCAGCAGCGGGUGGCAGUGGUCAUUGCACACGAAUUGGCUCACCAGUGGUUUGGCAACCUGGUCACGAUGUCCUGGUGGAGUGAUUUGUGGCUGAAUGAAGGGUUUGCCAGCUUCAUGGAGAACAUUGGCACCAAGGCUGCAGAGCCAGGCUGGGCCAUGGAUGAGCAGUUUUUGGUGGACAAAAUGCAGCCAGCCUUGGCCCUUGAUGCCCUGCUGGCCUCACACCCCAUCUCUACGCCUGUCAAUGAUCCAGCACAGAUUGAGUCUAUCUUUGACACCAUCUCGUACAAAAAAGGAGCCUCCAUCCUGAGCAUGCUGGAGUCAUUCAUUGGCCGCAAGAUGCUGAAGGCAGGUCUUCGACUCUACCUUAGGGAGAACGAGUUUGGGAAUGCUGCAACAGAUGACUUGUGGACAGCCCUCACCAAGAUCACACAAAAUAAUAAUAAUCCACUAGACAUCAAGGGCAUCAUGGACACCUGGACACUUCAGGCUGGCUUCCCUCUCAUCCAAGUCACCCUGCAAGAUGGUCACGUCACAGCCACUCAGGCACGCUUCGUGGUGUGUGAGGAGAAUGUCACAGAUCCUAAUGAGCCCUUCAACACCACUUUGGGUUACCGGUGGCAUGUGCCACUCACCUACAUCACCAAUGAACAGCCAGAUGAAUAUUCCAUGUACUGGAUGAACCUCACAGAUGUGGAAUUCGAUAUUGGGAAGGACGUAAAGUGGGUCAAGUUCAAUGUGGGGCAACGAGGGUUCUUCAGAGUGAGCUAUGACCCAACGAGCUGGGCGACUCUCAUCAAUCUGCUGCAUACUAAUCACACCGCCCUCCCCUCGGCUGACCGAGCAAACCUGAUAGAUGACGUUUUCACCCUUGUCAAUCCAUUCUGCACAGCCACUCAAAGCUGGGCUGGCACCAUCAACGGUUCACUAGCCCUUGAAUUGAGCCUCUAUCUGAAGGAGGAGACACGAUAUAUCCCUUGGCACACCGCCUUAGGGCACCUCUUCCAGUGGGUUCAGCUUAUCUUCAACUACCCGGCACACACCCUCAUGCUGGAGUACAUCCACACCCUCAUCCUCCCUCACUACCACAGGAUAGGAUGGAAUGACACCGGCACACACUUGGAAAGGCUACUGCGCUCAGAAAUCUUGUCAGCAGCAGUCCGGUGUAGGAACACCCACGCCAUCAAGGAGGCAAAACGCAUGUUUGCUGAGUGGCGUAAUACGGGCAAGUUCAUUCCCCCCAACUUGCGUGAAGUGGUAUACGGCAGUGGUGUGAGGUAUGGCAUCGAGGAUGACUGGCGACACUGCUGGGAUGUGUACAACACUUCAACCAUCCCCAGUGAAAAGAACCUCAUGCUCAAGGCCUUGGCUCAAACCCGGGAUCCUUGGCUCAUGCAGCAGUUCCUGGCGUACACACUGGAUCCCGCCAAGAUACGGCCUCAAGAUGUCCUGACAGUGCUGCAGGAGAUGAGCAGGAACCCGGGAGGACGGCUCCCAGCGUGGCACAUGGUGAGGCAACACUGGUCCCAGAUCUCUCAGCUCUUUGGACAUGGCUCCUUUACUUUGGGUGCCAUUAUCAGGGCUGUCACCUCUGGCUUCACCUCAGCAUUUGAUCUUAGUGAGGUGGAGUCAUUCUUCAAAGAUGUGAAUGUUGGGCCUGGUCAUCGGGCCCUGGCUCAGUCACUUGAGACCAUCCGACUCAACAUUCAGUGGCACGAACACAACCUGGAGGAUGUGUCUCUCUGGCUCCGUCGGCACCUCACUCAUGAGAGUACUGAGGACGGUGUCCCCACAAUGUAAAACUACUGGCUCCCUCUUCUAUAAGCCCUUCAGUUAACUUCAUCAUUGGAGGAUUAGAGAGGAGAAAGUUUAUUUUCAGUAACAGCUUUCUCCCUUGUGCUCCUUCUCAGUAACACCUUUUUCAUUCACAUGCUCUCAAAUUUUAACCUUGUUACUCUCUUCAUCUCAUUCUCUCGGUGACUAAACAUAGUCCUGAGUGCUGAUUGGCAAAUCGGGAGUAGCUGACAGUGAACACACUUGUCCUCUUCUCAGUCUCUAAGUUACAAUCUUCCCUCUUUCAGUCUCAUAUUGACUGAUCUUGAUAUGAACUGGUCUCAUUGGCCUACUGGGGAUUCUCACAUCAAAUUAGGAAACUAAUUGAUUAAAUCAAUUGAACUGAUUUAAUCAACAAGUCAAAAGUAGCAUCAUCUUUGAGUAAAGAAAAUGCAUCUCUAAAUGAGUGAAUGAAAGGAAGAGGAAAAAUUGCACUUGUGAAAAUAAGCAAAGUAAAAGAAAAUCAUGUAUAACAGUUUGAGGAGUGCAACUUCAUUGUAGUUUGGAAACUUGAUGAAUGGGAUUAUAAUUAUACUCUUUGAAAACAAGUGAGUGAGGUGAGGGGUAAAGUUAAUGUACACCUGAAAGCAGUUGAAAAAGAGAAUGUAACAUAUCCAUUAAUCUUGAGGGCAUUUUUGGAGUGUCAGGAGUGCUAUGUGUCUUAUGGCUGUCUUACUGGCUGGCAGCAGUUAAAAGAUGGUCCUGAUAUUAUGAAUGAUAUAUUAUUCCAUAUACUCAAGAAUGUUCAGGUAUAUCAUUCACAUGUUUUUACAUAUAUAUUUUACAUUACAGAACCCUAUCCAUCAAUAGUUUUAUGAACAUGAAUGACUAGAUAGAUAAAAUUUUGUUUGACAAGAGUUUUUUAAAUCAUAGUAGAUAUGUAGCUUGUAGUGAAGAGAAGUACAAGGCAUUGAGUUGAACAAAAAUGGUGUGAAGGGGAGACCAGUUGAUGUAAUGGUCUUAUUAUCGACUUUUACGGGCUACCAUUCCUAGUUUCAGGACUUCAGAAGGCUUCAGAAAAUGAUAAGAUUUGAGAAAGUAUACAUAUAUAUUUUUAUAUAUACUGGUGAAUUGCAACUUCUGUGGAUUUUUCUCAUGUGGUAUUAACAACAUGUUUAUUGAUCUGAUAUGUUUCUGUUUCUGAUUCAGUACUUAAACCUUACAAAAUGAAAACGGUCAAAUGCACCACACUGCACCAUCCUCCCACAGGCCACUGACCACCCUACAAUUGCCAUGCAAAAGUCAUCUAACUGCAGUCUUGAGCAUGUCAUUUAGUGUGCCUCAAGUAAACCUCAUACUUAUUCAUAAUGCCAAAACACAAGCCAUCUUUAGCCUCUGGCCCUCCAGUGAAGAAACUGUGCUUUGUGAUGAUCCUAAUAGACAAGUUGUUAAGAAUUGAUGAAAGGCAAAAAGUCUGUCACUAUUGUAGCACAGAGGUGUGGCAAAACAAGGCUCGUUUGAGAUUAAUUAACAUGGGAGGAAAUCCUUUAAGUCAUAUUAACAAGUGCUUCAUUUGCUUCUAAAAUGACUCAGUUUGAUAUUUCAAUUUAACUAUGUUUGUAUCAAGAUCACCAUAUAUACUGUUUUUUGCCUUAAGCAGGAUUCUGAGAUCAUAACCUAUGCAUGCUGUAUUUGCUGGCAUACAAGGGGAAUGUCUUAUAAGUCAACCCUCAAAAUUUCCAUUCAAAAUGUGGACUUGAGAUUUAGGGUCGUAUUAUAAGACAUUUCGCCGUCCAAGAACACAUAUUGGACAAGGAUUUUGUAGGAGUUGUGGGCAUUUCCAGGUAGUUUUAUGAUCCUGGUGGUAGUUUGACCCUUCGUCUGUACCAUGAACCUAAAACACGAUCAUUAGAACCUGAUUGACCCCCCCUUUGACUUUUUGAAAUAGCUGAUGUGAGAAGCGAAAGUGUCUUGUAAUACGGCCCUCAUUCUCUGCAUAAGUAAAGGCCAUUGGGAGUUUGCAGCUUCAGUAACUCCAGUCUUGUAUCACUCCUUCCACUGACCACUGAAUUGAUACUAUUUACACCUUUCUAGGCAACACCAUUGCUUAGGGUUUACCAUCAACCAGCUUCUGAGUUUCACAGGCAGUAGUUGUGUUGUCACCACCUCUUCCCUUUGUCCCACAUAUUACAUUACUUGUACGUAUUGUGUCUAGUAGUGAUGAUCUCAAAUACCUUACACUACCUUUGAAAGCUUAACAGGAGAGAGGCCACCUUACCUACAUUCAGUGCCUUGAAGCCUCUGUGGGGGCAGCGAGAAUAACGACAACUGCCAAUUAAUUUAAUGGUGAUAAUAUAUAAAGCACAAGUAAAACAUAUUUAGUAUCUUAAUUUAGUAAGGUAAAUAUCAUUUAAAGUAAAGGAAGAGGCAUGGAGUGACUGCACAGUUACCUUACUUGCACUGCCUCUAAUACCCUCACCAAGCUGAUGAAGUGUAUUUACCAACCCAUCAGAAUUUUUGGUAAUGAAAAGAUCCAGUUGGUAAUGAAAACUGAGAAAUUGGGUAGGCUAAUGAGAGCAGCUUCAGACUGGCAUUCCCAUGGUCCUUGCCCUUUUGGAAAUGAAACAACCAGACUCAGAUUGAGACUCACUGCUGUACACAGUGUCUGUUCAGCGAGUCACUUCUCACCUCUCCUAUGCCUUAAUGGCAGUUUCUAUGGGAUUUUUUUUUUUUUUUUUUUUUUUUUUUGAAAAUUUGCCAUCCAUAGAAACCUAAUUUUUGUGGUUCAUGGUGAUAGUGAUUAUAAAAAUAAUCAAGGAAGCAAACUGGUUUAGGUGAGUGUUCUCCAUCACUCCCAGGUACAUUUGACCCUUAAUUUCCCGGAUAUUGAAUUUCCUGGACAAACUCUGGGGUUCGGCAAGGCUAGACAUCUGCCCAGUCAAGUCCGAGAAUUGAAAUAGAAGCCCAGGCCAAAAAUCUUGGGUUCAUCUUUGUUUGGUGGUUGCUGGACACAUGCCUGGCCAUGUAUGGAGAAGUUCGGUCAUACAUCAGAUUCUGUUCUCUGGUCAAUGUUUGUGACACCCACUAGGCGGCUGUGUUGUGCACCUGACAUCUUUUGUUGACGUGUCAUGCAAAUCUUCAGACAACUUGUUUUCGUUAAUCUUUCCUAAAUGUGCUACUUAAUUGUGCUAGACAAAGUUUGAUAAAACUCUGGGGCAGGUACUAAAUAUUAGGGAUUGCUGGACCAAGUAUAUGGUAAAUGUGAAGGAAUGGGCCGUGGCCCCCAGACUGUAGCAGUUCUUGAUUCCCAGAGUUUUGUGGUUCCCGGACAAGUGCUCCCCCCUAUUAGUCCAGGGAAUCAAAGGUAGAGUGUACUCCACAACCACAGAAUGAAGGUUCCAAAGAUUUGGCAUAUUUUAAGGUUCAAUGGUGGCUCUAUUCUCUAACAAAUACCGUAAGCUGCAAUUUGCCAGUAUAUGAAUUUCCAAGUGCAUACACACAUACGGUCAGCCCUCCCUCAGUGUGGUUGCAUUGUCCUGACCUUGGACUACAAUGUUGAAACCUGCAUUGGAAAAACACCAUUUUACCCUAAAACUUAGCUGGCACAAAGAUUGCUGAAGUGACACUUUUUCCCAUUUUUACUUGAAAUUGCUAGAUGAAUAUGGCUUUUGAUAUGCAGUCAUUCCCCAAUAUAAUAAAGGACACUAUAUUCCCACUCCUUACCCCGAAAAUGAAAUUGGUGGCAUAAAAUUACCAAUAUGUACAUAUUUACAUAUUGCUAUCAUUACUUGUAACAUUGAAAAUUCUUUUUUUUUAUAUUUUUUUUUUAUGCUGCAACCUUUUAAGAACUUGACCCAUUUUCUCCUUUCAAGCCCUUAUUUUAGUUUUUGAAUGAAAUAGAAAUAGAAUCUUUGCUUAAUCUUUAAAAUAAAGCAUGUGACUUUAGACGGCUACUGACCGUUUCCCAAAGGAGGAAGCAUACCUGUCGCAUGCCCCACCCUACCCUGCCUCAUCCCACUAAUUUAGCUGCCAUGGCAUAUGUAGCCAUUAAUGCAAUACUAAAAUAUUUCUUAGCCAGCAAUAUACAUUUCUUUUCAGUUUGUACAAUAAUCUUUAUGCUUGACCAAGUACUGAUGCUUCCCGUGGCUGUGUCUAAAGUUUUUGGCACUCGAUCACCACAUCCCCUAGUGGCCUGGCCCACACAGGCAAAAUGUGAGACCAAUUAUUGACAAAACAAUAUCAGCAACUGGUUACAGAGGCAAAAAUGUCACACAUGGGCACAGCACUAUAUUCUGUGGUCAGAUAUUUCCCAUGAAAUCUCGGUUACUUGAGAUACCCCAAAUGUCAUCAGCCUUUUCUAAUUUGGUUAUCCAGGAAAGGAGUAAAGAUGCUCCACAGGUGCCCAGGCCCCACAGGGGGUCUGACAUCAUGUAUCAAGAAGACAAUGUCUGAACAUGUUAUUGUGCAGCUGCACAUCUGAGAAAACAGCGCUGUGACCCAGAUUUCAGCUGUAGGCUUUUAAAUUGGAUAUUUGUGGGGGAAUCAUAGUGGUGCAAUUCACCUUAGUCAAAACUGCAUUGGAGGAGGGCUAGCUAUUUGACUGUGUGAGAAUUUACUAUCAUUCAUUACAUCUUUUCUUUGUCCAACACUGCCAAGUUUCUGGGAAGUUGCUAGUUUUGAGAUGUAAUGGAAGAAACAAACCAACCCAUUACUUAUGUAUACUUUCACUAGGUUGCAAAGUUGAUUAUCCUCAGGAAUGCACUAGCAAGUCUCUCUCUAGUUGGAAAGUUUUGUUUUGACUUUAUGACAGUUUUAUUUUGUAUACCACUUGAUAUUUAGCCAUGCUAGUGCCUCCCUGUUGUCUAAAUUCUUCCUUAGCAGGGAGCAGCAGAAUAGAUGAAUAUAACUGAAGUCAAAGAGAUAGUUGAGGGCCAUGUACUGAUUCAUGGUCAUGUAUGAUCUUGGAUGUGGUCUUUGGGUGGAUCAACUGUGAAAUAUACCAAUGUCAUCCAGACAGACACAGCAGCCAUCACUGGUCCUUAACCCUGCUGGUAGCAGUCUCUUAAAGCUCUUCUUACAACUUUAAACAAACACUAAGAUAAGACACUGGGUCUUAAUGUUCAAACUGUUAACUGUCAGAAAAAAAGGGAGAUCAGAUGUCCUUAAAAGCAGACACCAUUAGGUGGAUUCAAUUCAUGUCAUUCUCUGACUCCCUCUACUCAAAGAUCUGCCUGCAAGCUGGAGGGGUAAACCAUCCCAACUUGUGUAUCAUUUCCUUUCAGUAUUCUUGAUGCAAUCUAAACAGAUCUUGUCUGUCACCAAGAGUUGCUCGGGUUGUUUGGCACUUUAUUUGCAGAAAAUUUAAUGUACCCAUCUUUGGUUUUGCUGUACUCGGGGUGUCUUUCCACAUUCAGACAGCGAAGUCAUGAACUCACCCAUUUUCCACAUUCCAAGAUAAAAAGACAGUAGUGUAGCCCCUGAGCUUAGGUGGGCUGUUGCAGGGUAGUGGAAUUUAUUCACCUGUUUCUGCUGCAAAAGCCUCCAAGCUAUGCAGCUGAUGGGCUUACUACCACACUCUGUUCCUAUAUAUCAAUUUUAGUCUAAGAAGUUUAGAUUACUGAUAAAUUCUGGUCAGAUUUUAUCAUGUUAUGCAAAUUAUAUAUCCUAGAUAAAUUUUGAGGCUUCAUUCUGGGAAUUGAAGUAUACUUAAUUUAUUGUAUAUUAUAGAAAGUUUAUAAGGUUUAUUUAUAAAGAGUUUAUAUAGACAAGAAAGAGCUGGCCCAAGUAUGUACUAAUAUGUGUGGAUACUCCAUCUUCAGUGACAUAAGGUCAGUGCUAGAGAGAGCAGUGUAACAGUCUGCAGGUGUCAGGUAAUAGUCUUGGCUUGGCUCUUACUGUAUAUUUAUAAUGUCAGAAACUGUCCUGUACUUAAUUCAUGUCUAUAUAGCACAAAGUAUUAUGAA